AUGUCUUCUGACCUAUCCCGAUUCUACUGCAACUAUACGGCAUGCGAGCGGUCGUACAAGAAGAAGGAGCAUCUCUUACGCCAUGAGAGGGAUCACUUAAACCUGCGCUCAUUUGCAUGCAGGCUAUGCCCAGCUACUUUUAAUCGAAGUGAUCUGCUCAAACGCCAUGAGACAAUCAGCCAUCCGCUUGGCCAAGGCGCUCUACAAGAAGACCCAGGACCAUCAACAGAAGAGACAGUGCCUGAAUCACAAGAAACUGUACCUGUGUAUGAGCUGGGCGAGUCUCCUGUGAAUGCAUUGGACUCUUUUCUUGGCACAGAACUUCAAGGUUUAAAUCUGGCUUCAAAUCCAGCCAUGCUGCUACUCCAAGAAUCAUGUCGGAACGAGCUUGAAUCGUCUUACUUUUUGCACUUUCACCCCCAUUGGCCUCUGCUGCAUAAAAGAACUUUCUUGCAAUCAGUGCCUCCUCCAGAACUGACUGCUGCCGUUUUAGCAGCUGGACUAUGGGUGCUUGACACUCCAGAGACCAGGGACAAAGCCCGAUUUUAUCACGAUGCCUUGCUCAAGACGCUUUAUGAACAGCUCUUCAAACUUCCCGUGCCAGCUACUGACUCAUCUGGUCCUCGAGCUGAGUUCCUCCCUACAUUCCAGGUUCUUCUCAUUUCCCUGAUCAUCUGCACCUACCGUGGGGUAGAGACAUUUCCAUCCCCCUUGUUUCACAGCAAGCAGGUAUGGCAGUUGUUCCAAUCCAUGGGAGUAUAUGAUCAAAAGGCGAUCGAUGAUCGAAACUCAAGUCCGAUAAUCCGCGAGUGCUACCAACGGUAG